CUCCGAUUUAUGUAAACUUUGACACGAGUCAUCGAUCUCGCACCAAAUCCUUCGGCUUGCGGGAAAGGGGCGGUGUGACAGUUGUCAAGUUUACACUGAAAAGCAAGAGUUGACCAACAAGAUCUGGCAAGGUGAGUGCAGUACAUUCAGCUCAGUUCCCAGAGGGCUAUGUGAGAGAUGCUGAAGAGCUGGAAGGUGAUAGGUGGCCUCCUGGCCUUCUGGCUGGUCAUCAUGAUCUACAUGAGCAACUCCCUGAUGCAAGGUGGGGAGAUUAACCAGCGGGCAGAGCAGCAGCUCAGGAGAGCCUUAGAUGAACUGGACAAGGUCAAGGCCCAGAACUUGGAGCUGCAGCAGUUAGCAGCUGACUUAAAACAGAUCCAGGAAGAAGGGGGAGGAAACAAUGAUGGCACUCUGUCCCGCCUCCAGCAGAGACUGAAUAAAGCCAACCAAGAAAUCCAAAGACUUGUCAGUAGCCAUGGAUCACCAGGUAAAUCCAAUGAACCAACUGCAGAUCAUGAAAAAUCUUUACGCAAAGUAGAAAAUACAGCUGUAGAGUUCUGGUAUUUCAUGCGGUCCCAGUUAAAGAAGAUCAAGGAUAAUGCUGGGGGCAACACGGAUAUCACAGCCAAGGUGGACCAGGUCCUCGGUGACGGUGCUAACUAUCAACGGACACUGAGAAAUGACUUUGAUAGUCUGCGUAAUGUGGAUGGUAUGAAGGACUGGAGAGACCAAGAGUCAAAGGAGCUGGGAGACAUUGUACAGAGGAGGCUGCACUAUUUACAAAACCCCAAAGACUGUGGUUCAGCCAAGAAGAUCGUGUGUAACCUGCACAAGGGUUGUGGGUAUGGAUGUCAGCUGCAUCACGUGGUGUACUGUCUGGUUGUGGCCUAUGCCACAGAACGCACCCUGGUACUGGAGUCCAAGAGCUGGAGAUACGCCCCCAAGGGGUGGGAGACAGUGUUCCUGCCCCUCAGCAACACCUGCAACACUCGGUCAGGGGAGCAGGCUCACCACUGGGGACCUGCAGCUCAGAUUCAGAAUGCCAAAAUUGUUGAGCUUCCUAUUGUCGACAGCAUGCAUCCAAGACCAGACUUCAUGCCUCUUGCUAUCCCACAAGACCUUGCUCCAAGACUCCUCCGUCUCCAUGGUGAUCCUCCUGUCUGGUGGAUUGGGCAGUUUGUGAAAUACCUGACACGUCCUCAGCCACAUCUGAAAGAGGACAUAGAGAGGACAAAGAAGGCUUUGGAUUUUAAGAGCCCAAUAGUUGGGGUGCAUGUACGGAGGACAGACAAAGUGGGUGUAGAGGCAGCCUUCCAUGGCAUUGAUGAGUACAUGGAAUUCGUCAAUGAAUAUUUUGACCGCUUGGAGGCAAAAUCUCCUGUUGAAAAGCGAAGGAUCUACCUUGCCACAGAUGAUGCAAAUCUACUUCGAGAGGCCAGAGAAAAGUACUCUACCUACCAUUUCAUCAGUGACAAUGACAUCUCAAAGACUGCAAGUCUAGGCACACGCUACUCCGACAGCUCUCUACGUGGCGUCAUCCUCGAUAUCCACUUCCUGUCCUUGUGUGACUACCUGGUGUGCACAUUCUCAUCACAGGUGUGUCGUGUGGCAUACGAAGUGAUGCAGACGAUGCACGGCGAUGCCUCAACAUGGUUCAAGUCACUUGAUGAUGUCUACUACUUCGGGGGACAGAAUGCACACAACAUGCGAGCUCUUGAACCCCAUGAACCGAAGAAUAAACACGAGAUCAAGAUGGAGGUGGAUGAUCUGCUGGGCAUCGCAGGCAACCACUGGGAUGGCUUCUCUAAGGGUGUAAACCGGCGCUCAGGACAAUCAGGCCUUUACCCAUCAUAUAAAGUGAAGAAUGAAAUCGCUGUAGUAAAAUUCCCCACAUAUCGAGAGGCAGAGGAAGUCAGGUGACAUUAGCCUGUUGUAGAUUGGCAGAUUUUAAAUAAUUAUUUUUAUACAUAUGUUGAGUCCCAGUCAUUAUUUGACUAUAACUUUGCCAUGAGAACUGAAACGGUGUAUGAAAAUGGAUAUUUUGAUGUAAGAAUGAGACUACUCUGUCAAGUGUGGUCAGUUGUAGGUAAACAUUAUCAUAUGAGCCUGUCAUAGUUAUUACUACCCUGUAGCCAAAUACAGAUAAUACUUCUGUGCUCAAUGGCUACUCUACACAUUCGCAAUCUGAAGAUGUUUUGUAAAGGUUAAAUAUGUAAAUCUCCUAUACUGAACAAUGUAUGAGUUGUAUGAUCACAAUCAAUAGUAAUGUUCAGCUUCCAGAUGUUCUAGGUAGUAGUGAAGCUGUAGACCAGCUGUUGCCCGAGUGUUGCCAGGAAUCUACGUGAGUUGAUGAGGUAGGACAGAAAGUAUAGCUGACAGCAUACAACAAGGUUUCGUUUGAAAUCAAACUAUACAGUGGGAGAUCAGCAUGGAAAUUUUCAGUUUCCAAAUUAUGGAAGUUGUUAGGUUCAAAUAGUGCUCAUCAACCAGAUUUAGGCCACAGAAAAUAGAAUGAAAGGUCUGUAGCAUGAUUACAAUGUACAGGUUGCUGCUGGUUCAGUUGUCAUGGUUCAGUCUGUUAUUUUUUUAAUGAUGCAUGUCAGCUGCCAGUGUUUUUAUAAGAUUUUACUCUGAUGGGUGUGGUGGGUCUAUGCUUUUGCUCGCUCCUUCUGUUGUCACUCCUGUUGUACCUCUGAUCAUUAAGUAAACCACAUUCACUUGUCAAUACUAGGGGUGAAACGGUACGCUCUUACAAUGGUACGGUACGUAUUGCGGUACAAGGCCUUCGGUUCGGUCCAUUUCGGUUCGGUAUAUGAGAUAAGAUCAUAAUGCAGAAAACUGACAACAAGAGCCAAACCUUACAUUGUUUAAUAACAUGGAAAAAAAAAAAAUCAUUAUUUUUGUUAUUUUGAAUGAACAAAACUCAUUUUAUGACAAGAUAGAAGAACUAAGUAUCACUGGAACCUUGGAGCUCACAGCUGUGUGGCAAAAUAACAAGUAGCCAAGUAUGAUUAAAAGUCACUAAAAUCACAUCAGUAUUUACUGCAGUUGAAAUCACCACUUCCAAGAAAUGUUCAUGUUUAAAAAAACACACCAAAAAACAAUACACAAAUCAGAUCCUAUCGAAUGUGACUCUGUUGAUGACACAUCACAGAUAAAUAAAUUAAACAAAUUAACUCAACACAGUUGUCAUAAGACAGUUACAGUUUGUGUGACAGAUCAUUGUCCUUGCUCUAAAUCAGUCUGUCUCUCGUUUCAGUCGGUUAAACAUUUAGAGACUUUCCAGUCCUUGGGAAGUACUGCUACACAGUACUGCUAUCUUGGCACAUUCCAGAAUUUUGUUUUGUUCAGUUUUCAGAUUCAUUCAAAAUAUAUUUUAAAUUUCACUCAGAAAUGUGUUUUUCCUUUCUGAAACAAAUAUGUUUUAGCUUGAGAAUGCUGCUUUCUCUUUUUAUUGGUGGUUAAAUGUUCAUUGUUCUGAUAUAGCUUGUAAUGUGAUGGUAGCAACAACAAACAAACAUAAGUCUUAAGAACUGUGACGGAAAAGCCACCAGAUCCAUACCCAUACUUACAGUCAUCCCUCGCCAUAACGCCGGUCUUGGGGUCGAUGGAUGACCCCUGAGUUAUGAGACACCCACAUUAUACAUUACCCGGAAUAUAGGCCAAGUAAAAAUGUAUUUGCCAUGGACAUAACAGAACUGCUAUUUCGUGUAUUGUGCCCAGUCAAAACUAUAUUGUAUCGUCGUAGUUAAAAAACAAAUAAAAAUAAAUAUGUGCAUAGGAAACCUGCAAUCAAAUUAAACAUCACUAACAUGAUAAUUCAGUUGUCCUUCCUGUUAUGCUACCUGUUAUUCAACUAAGCCAGAAAUAACAAUCAGCUGUGUACUCAUGUUUUGCUCCAGUCUACCGGUGAUUCAGUUAAAAACGAUCUGAAAAUAUAACAUCAAAGGAUGUCUAUUCCAUUACCAGAAUAAUUUGUAUCUCAAGCAGUUAUUUUAACAGAGAUAAUAUAAAUCGCCAUUGUAGUAGUGUAAAAAAUUAACAUACUAGGUUCACUUUGGGUUAUGUGGCUGGAUACAUUUUACGUAUGAGACAGUUUGACAAGUCACCGUUGACUUCCCGCGGUACCUGCCACUUUGAUUGUAUAAACAAAAUGUUGGCAAUUAAUUGUGAAAUGUGACUUCAAUAGUCAAUAACGCGGGUCUUGGGUUCCGUGGAUCACGAGGCAGUAAUCUGUUCGUGAUUGCUGAGAAUAAUGUGAAAUUGGUGCUAUCGCGGUAGGCGCGAGAAGCGGACGCUUAUGAACAAGGUAAGUGGAAGUGGUACGCGUAUUGAAUGAGGUUAUGCAUUUCACACACAUUUUCUCUGAUGUUAUUGUAAACAGUUUUAUUGAAUGAAAAUGGGAUUAAAUUUAAUCAAAUAAAAUGAAAUCGAGGAAGAUCGUUUUAUAUGAGUUUUCUGACAUCAUACAUUUUUCGAUGGCAGUGUUUACCAGCACUAUAACGCAGUGUGUUGCAUCACAGCAAACAUCGUAAGUACAUGGCACGUAUUUAUGAUAAAGUUGACUUUUAUAAGUUAUUACAAUGUUUCGCUGUUCACCUAAUUUGAAAUAACUGAAAAAGAAACAGAACCCAGCUAUAGCUACUGAUCUGGUAUCUGCAGUUGCUGUCUUGCUGACUUUGUAAGUAGAUGACUUGAGGUGAUCUCGAACAUACUUCCUGGAAAAUAGCGGCAGUCAAGCAAAGAAAUGCAUAGAUAUUGACCAGAUGAUUCAAUUUGGAGACAAUUUAGAAAAGGUUUGAAAUGAUUAAUAAAAUGACGGUACGAAAACCCAAAAUACCGAAGUUUUGGAUUGCAUUAAGGUAUUCCGAACCGAAGGCAAAGGACCGCGGUAUACCGUUUCAUCCUUAGUCAAUACGUCAUUCAUUGUCGUCAGUAUUCUGAUUGUCGCCCAACUGUUAAUGCAUCUUGAUGUUUGUGGAACAAUGACAGGGUUUCAUCAUGACAUUCUAAGAAGAUAGCAGGUCUAUAUAGUAUUCCUAUUUUAAACAGAUUUUUCCAGCUGAUAGACUUAAUGACUUGUCAGCCAUUGCGGAGACAAGUCCGAAAUAUGAUUUGUCAAUGCCUCAAUAUUGUGAGAUUCUUUUUUUUUAUCUCAAAUUUUAUUUCAGUACUUGAUCUGUAAUUAAUCAGUUUUAUGUUGGAAAAUCUUCCAAGAUGUUAAGAUAUCAUUCAGACAUUACCAUGCUAUCAAAACUGCAUUGUUGAACCUCUAGUUUUUCUAGUAAAUCCUAUUUGUCUCACCAACUGCCAGUCUCCUACUUCAGAAGGGUGCAACUUAGUUUCUUGCUGAUUUCCUUGCUUUAUACGGAGUCAGUAACUUUGAUGUUCAUUUAAUGUUGUCAUGUUUGAUUUGAGUUUUCCUCAAAAAUCCAAACCAAAAGAUGACUAUGACUUGGGAGAUAGGAUCAACUUUGAAUAAGCUGACAAGAAAUCUUUACUCGUCCUUAGAUUUGUUCUUGUACCACUGAAUUUUAACAGAAUGUAAUGUUGAUGAGUAGAUUGUCUACUCUGUCAGAAUUGUAUGGUGGUAUCAGACUCUGUUUUUACAUAUUUUAAUAUUUGAUGUUAAUGACUAUCACCUUACAGCACAGGUCUAAUAAGUUAGCUCUGUUAACGAUAGGGUGAUAAUUAACAUUGGCUGACUGUGUCCUUCUACAUGGGUUAAAUGUACAUAGUUCUGUAAUUUAUAAGCACUGGGUGUAUUUUAUCAUUCCUGUGAAGAUCAUUUACUCAUUGAACUAAAUCAUUAAUAGAGAGAUAUUGUGAAGAUAAAGUCCCAUAUUUAUAUGAUAUCAUUGAGUUCAGUGUCAAACUUAUAAAAUUAUUUUGUUAAGAGUUAUUUGAUAUAAAACCAGGGUUGUGGUGGAGAUAUAUUUUUUUCAAAGUCAAUAUUGCAUGGGCAAGGUAGGACAAAAUAUUAUGAAGUCAUUUUGGAUGAUUUGUGAGAUAAUUUUUCGUUAACAGAACACUUGCAUACAUGUAUGUAGAUUAAUUACAGUGCCUAGCGACAUAAAUAUUUCUAUUUUGUAAUAACUUUAUUCUUUAAAAUUGACAAUUGCUUGUUUUUAUUGAAUAUAAUACAGGCGUAUAUAAACAGUGAUCUAGGUUAGAUUAUUUCUGUAAUUGUUUAACAACUCAACAGAUAAUAUGAUAUAAAAUACACGAUCUUGCCUAGUUUGGAGCAAUAUGUAUAAUCAAGGAAAAACAUGAUCUAAAUAUAUCAGUAAUCCAAGUCCUCAAGGGAGACCUUGCAAGGGAGAUAAUGGGAGAUAACGCCAAUUGGGGAAAUAUGAAACUCUGACAGUUAAUCGCUUAAACUUUUGAUUUUCCUUUCAAAUCAAAGAUAGGCUAGUGACAUGUAAGAAAUGUGUUUUGUUGUAAAUUGAUUUGAUUUCAAUUAAACAUGGUAAUAUAAAAUGCGUGUACUGCCAAUUUAACAUGUGGAUUAUUUUUGGAUAAAUCACUAUUUUUUUGUAUAAACAGCCAUUUUCCAAUAAUGAAAGGUUUAAUUUUGGAAAGAGCUAUGGUUUUGAAAGGAAAUGAUGCUGUUGAACAUGAACGUAGACUUAACAUGAUAUGUCAAAUUUGUCCCCAGUUUUGACAGCACUUCCAUUUCCUAAUAUUUGACAUGUGUAAAUAUUAUUGUGUUGAUACAGGGUGUUAGUUCAAAUUAUUGAUGAAGAAAAUGCUUUUUCUUUUUCAUUCAGAAAUCAUCACAUUGAUUUUUCCCAGGGGCUGUGUUUGUUUGGUGUGUGGUCCAGCUAUUUUUCUUUGUUUCUUGAUCAACACAUUCUGAGAAGGGAUACAUAGACAGUGGUUCUGUGUUUUUACAUCAUGCAUGUACUAAUCUCUGAGUGAAGGCACACCUUUUGUUCAUGCCUGAUUGAAUUCUGAAACCAAAACAUUAGAGCUCCACACAUUGGACCUACAGAGCAAGUGCUGGAAGAGUAAAAUGACUUUAGUCAUGUGUUUCUCUGUCAGGCACAUUGCAGAAAAAGCUUGUUUUUCUUCUUAAGUUAAAAAAAAAUAAUUGCGAGCUUGAUUCGAGUUGAAGGCAGUGCUUAUCAAGGUUCAGAUUUCUAUAUAAGUAUGCCUCAAUCACAUGAAGUCAGUCAAGCUGCAUACUCUCUCACACAGAAUUCCUAGGGGCAGUGGUGUAGCCUAGUGGUUAAAGCGUCUACUCGUCACACCAAACACACUGGUUUUGAUUCCCCAUAUGGGUACAAUGUGUGAAGCCCAUUUCUGGUGUCCCCCCGCUGUGAUAUUGCUAAAAGCGGCAUACUCACUCACUCCUUGUGGCCAGCCCUGUUCUGCUGCCACUUUCUAAGAUAUUGAAAAAUGUCGAAAACUAUUUCCAUUUUGAUAUAGGUCCUUUGUUUAUGUUGGUUGUACACUGUUAGUUCGUGUAGCCAUUGAAGCGAAAUGAAGAACUAAGGAUAAGGUGACUUUGAUGAGCAAGUCAUGUCCCCUGCAGUUGUGGUAGUAUAUCUAUUUAAUAUUGCAAAACAAUGUGUGAAGUGCACUGAAAGACUUGCAUUAGGCCAUACUGUGUGUUCUUGUUUCCGAAUAGGUGUAUCUGUUUAUAGAGAUAGAGAAAGAGAAACAUUCUGGUCACAUGAUUAUGUGUGUUCACUGUUGCAUCUCUCACAGAAAAAAAUUCCGAUUGAAGGUGCUAGCCAUGUUAUGGAAUGUAAUGGACAUGAGGGUUAUCUCCCUUUUGCAGUAGCUGCUGCUAAUUCAAGUUUGGGGAAAUGGUCAUGGAACUAUCCUUGUAGUAGAUAGUUUACUUAUGAUAAAUAAUCCAAAUUUAGGUUUGAGUAAGUUUUUUAUUUGCCUAUAGUUGGAAAAUCAUUUAACUGUAUGGAGAUAAAACUUAGUCAUACUGAACUUCUACUUUGAAAAGGGCCGAGGAAACUGCAAAUUUUCGAUGGGGUUAAAUGCUGUAGGACAAGAGUUGGGUACAAAAUGUCUUACUGGGAAGUGUCUCAUCAGACAGUGUCAUAUGCAGAAGCUUUGUCUUUACUCAAAGAAACAUAUUACGGUUGAAUUCUGAAGAAUGUAUGCAGUCAGAAAGAAAUUCAACUGCCUAUCCAAAUAGUGCAGGACUGACGGAGACCUGCCUUCAACUGCCUGGUGAAUGGUGCAGGUUUUAUCGUUACUUACAUGUUGGCUAAUACAUACCAUCAGGACAAUACAGGGUGUGUCUGUGCUAACUGCCAGUUUACUUGCAAUAUUUAAACAUUACAAGGCAGUUUCAGAAUUUCAUAUAUAUAUAUAAUUAUCCGUGAAUGAGAGAACUGAAUAUCUGUAUAAUUGUUUUUGCUGGUGUAUAAUAUAAAGCAAAACCAAUGUCAUGUUUUGGUUUUGUCAACAUGUGCAAACACUGCGGAGUGUUGUUCUGCAGAUUUAAGCUUAAUUUUAAAGAAGAUGUCAGUUUUGUUUCAUUUUUGCAAAAAUGGGUUUUUUAAAGAUUAAUCAAGACUGCUUCCUUCCUUUACAUUACUUUCUUCUUCAGUGCGUUGAGCAGGCAUUGGUAUGUGGACAAUUGGUAUGUGGACAGUUGGUGUGUGUGGACAAUUGGUAUCUAGGUUGUUUUUGCUGGGCAUUGUAUUAUUUGCAGGGAUUAAGAUUACCGUGUGUAUCUGUAUAUUGAACUAAUUUGGUCAGCUGAAAAUAUUUGAAUUACCAAUGUUUGUGGGAAGGAAAAAUUGCCACUCAUCUUUUUAGAAAUUUUGAGUUGUCCGAUCUGUAAACCAAGUACAUUAGGACAAACGGAUAGUUAUGGACAUGUUCUACAGAUCAUUGUCGUGGGUGGUUGUCUGUACAUAGGCUGUGGCAGCAGAACUGUUGUACAAUGUCUUCCACAGAGUUACUUACUCAAACACAUCCUUAUGUGCCAGAGAUAUGAACGGAACAGAGCUCACAAUGGAGAUGUUAGUAUCACAACUGAUAAAUAAAUAUUUCAUCAGGGAGAUGUAUUGUUUUAAGUGUUCCUUUAUAUGGGAUGUCAUUGAAUGGGAACAGAACACACAAUCUCGGGAAGUGUUUUUGCUUCUACUGGUACAUAUGUUUGGCAAGGAAAAAGAGCAUUACAAAAUAUUGGUAUUCAGGUUUCUUCGAUCUUGAUCUCACACCAUCAGAUGUGACAUUUAUUUAGUUAUUCUAUUCAGAACUAACCAAUAGAUCUCUAAUCUUUUCAAGAUAAAAGCCAGUGUAUGGCAGAAACACUUUAGAUGAAAUGUAGCAUUGUCACCUGAUCGCUCGAAAUGUGAGGACAGAUGCUUAACAUGUCAAAUGCAGUACUUUGUGUCAAAGCCUUCAUUAUUCCAGUAGGUUUAUUUACUUUUGAAUGUUAUCCAGUAACCAGUUACUCUGUAUUGUACUGUGAUGUAGUACCAGAGGAUAUUCUCCCUCCUCCAUGGGACAAACUAGUUUCAUAGCCCCACAGAGGUUCGCCAGAGCCCCUAGUACCUACUGCUAGUUGACGAGCCAGUUUACAACCUGGAUUAGGUGGUUACCUCUGUGGUGUGGGACCGGAUAUACUUACAACCUGUAGUUAGCCCUGAUACAGCUGGAAUCCCUGUCAGUCUGACCACCUGGAAGUAAAGUCUAGCAGGUCUAGGACAUGCCAACGUUUAUGAAACCCACGACCAUGGGUAUGGUGCUGCUAAAACAGGCUGCCGUCAUAUUGCUAGAUAGGAUUUGAUAUGACUAAUUUGAAGAUCCUACAAAUCCAUUCAUCUCCUCUUGUAUUUGCUAUGUUCAAGAAGUAGUUAGAUGUGUACAUAAUGCUGUGCAAUGGAAAUACUCCUCAUGGAUGAUCAGCAGACUUCAGUGAGGACAGGACCAUGAGAAAUGGCAAAACCAUGUUGUAGUAUAUUGACCUUGCCUGAGACAAACAUUUAUUGAAAGUGUCAGUGACAUGUGAACCAAUGAAGUGGACUACCCAAGGAAAAGCAAAGAUCACAUUAUGGAAUAGUGUAUGAUCUUUUCUCAAGUGUAUGUUUGAAGUUCCGAGCUUGCUUGGACAGGUGCCCUUGAUGCCACUUCACUGACCAGUCUUGGAACUUUGACAAAUCACUGGUGAUUGCACAUUGUCUUGUGAUGUAGAACUAAGGAUUCUUUGCUGAAUAAUGUCAAAAUGAUGAUUGUCUUGUUGAUGCUACAUAGUAAAUUCUUUGUCAUCUGUUUAGGUUAAUGCAAAAGCUGUUUAAGACCAUCUAUAGAAUAAACACCAUAUAUAUGCCUUGUAAUAUACUAUUCACACUUCGCUAAGGAUCAAAUCAUUGAUUCGACAGAAAACUAUGAUGUGGGAUCAAAUUUGGUUUUAAUAUCUAAGCUUAUUGUAAACAUGGAUCGGAGGUUUCAGUAUGUCAUUGCAUCUUGUGGAUCCCAUACCUGCUGUUGACAGGUGUUGUUCAUGUCUUUGACUCGUUCCAUGAUAUGCAAAAUGGUUUAUUGGUGCCAUGAAAACCAUUUUUAUGGUUACUCAUGUAUCAAGUGCAUAAGGUUAGAAUAAAGUGGCUGCUUGCCUAAAGAGGGUUUCCAUAUUAUUAUUUAUUCAGUUUUAAAUGGACAGAAUUUCAAAUUAUAAAUCUGUGUUUAGGUAAAGUCGUGAAUUUUUGUGAUCCUUAUCAAAGUGUGAGUAGCAUACCUGCAAAUUUGCUAGUAACCCAUAAUGACUAAAUGAGUAAGGAAUUUCUGUCACAGUUGUAUUAAUACUACAUUCUCAUUUUGCUAGAUUAGUUUUAAGGAGAAAAUUACUCUAUGCACAAUACUCAAAUAGAUAAGAUUACCUUGUCAGGUGCCCAAGAUUCCAAUGUAUAAUACAAAUACUCCUGAUGACACAUGUAUGUCAUAGUUCACUUGCUACAACAGAUAAAGCUUCCAUCACUUUGCUCACGGGUGCCCAUAAUGGGAGACAACUGACUGCAACCCAGUAACCAGUUUCAUGGUUUGGAUAGGUAGAAUUGCAUGUUUUUGUAACAGUAGAUACAUGUACAUAGCAUAGUUAAAAGGGCUCUGGCCCAACGUGAGAAAUGAAAUCCAUGAUGGGUUACUUAAGUCUUGUUGAAUUCCCUUGUUUUCCCAAAGUUUCCAUUGCUCAAACUUGCAACUAGGACUGGACAUGAGUACACCAUGGAUAGUUUUGCAUGAAACAAGACUGAUGGCAAAAGAAACUGAAGCCUUGAUAAUUACAUUAAGCUGUAUCAGUUGUGUAUGUUUUAAAAAAAGACUUCACCCAAAAUGUCACAAAUUAAAAAUACAAUUUAUGUGUCUAUAGGUGUCCUUUGAUUUGUCAUAUGAAUAAAACCUUUUUUUUUUUUCCUAUUCCUUAAAAAUAAAUGUUAUGUGUUAUUAUUUGUUUGAUCAUUUACCCCGUUUUGUGGGGAGAAAAAUAUGUAAACUGGGCAGUAUGAAAAAAAUGUUUGGUAUUGCUGCUGUAGGUUUUGAGCAACCACUUGUAUAGGCUACAGCAUCAAUGUUCUCACCAGACAGUUAUAAUGGAAUAGGUUUCAGGGUUUCUUUGUUUUAUAGUCUGUUUGCAGUGAAAACGUACCGAUGAAUUUCACUUUAAACAAAAACGUAAAUCAAAUAAAGUGAAAUUACACAGAGAACAAGUAUGGUUGGUCGAAGUUAACAAUCAUCACUUACCACAGAUGCAUUUGUUUCACUGUUCUAACUACUGCGCUUACCCCCUUGUAAUACAAACUAAUAAUAGCGAUUUCAAUCUAUAAUUGUUUGUUAAACAACUUUUAUCCUAAGUUAAAUAAAAUUCUGAGAUUUAAAUGUUCAACUGGCAAGGUAAAUUACGAGGAUUCGCAAUCUUAAUUUCACUUUAUUUCAUUUAACGUGAAACCCAUCGGUACGUUUUCACUGCAAACAGACUAAAAAUGUUGAUAAAGGUUUCUUCCCUUCUCCCUGUACAUUGGAGCCUAUUCCCCCCCCUUUCAGAACAUAGUUGUGGCUGCAACAAUGGGGUAUUUUUCAUUCACAAGAAUAUUUGAAAAAUAACUUUCUGUGUGUAUAUGGUGGAUUUGUAUAUUUUGGUAUGGUCAGUUGUUUAUUUUGAACAAUCAAAUGGGCAAAUUUGAUCAGCGACACCCUUACUGGAAACAUCCUCAUUCUUGUAGCAUGAUGGUUGAGGUUGGUGUUUUGGCCACCUUUGAUCUUGUGAUGUUUGUCUGCCCAAGUGUUGACGGAAGUUUUCUGUACAUAUACAACUAUUGGAGCCUUUCAGGCUUCUGUUUGUUUCUCAGCCCGCUCUGUCAUGAUACAGGUUUUAGUUUUUCUCAAACAUUUCUGCUUCAACCAAAAUUUUAUUCUUGUUUCACCUGUUAUAUACAUACAUAAAUAUAUAAAUGACAUAACAUGAAUAAACUGAUCAUUUGUA